AUGCAUCAGCGGCUAAAAGUCGAGGGAGUCCUUGGAUUCGACUGCAGGCAUAGCGCAUCACAGAUGCAAAACAUGCCAGCCUCCUCGCCAAGCAUUGACACAGCAGAACCCGAAGAUCGCCGUGUAGAUCCGAGACCCGAAGUAGUAAAGAAGACGAUGCUUGUCCGGGUGCAGAAAAUCAUUCAGAAAAUGCUGAAUUACGUUGAAGAAAAAUAG